CCACUACAUCCACCCGUGCUUGACAAUCUUCUGCGUUGCCAUUCUCUUUGUCACCACAACCACAACAAGCAACGCCACGACAAGCAAAGAGAGAAGAAUCCGAUUGAAGCUUUCUGGGAGCAUAUCAAAUCCCUUUGAUGGUGACGUGCGUGUAAAGAACAAGUCCGGGCCUCCAAAGGCGAAAACCAAAGUUUGCGAUUCCAGUUCUGUCGGAGCUGACACGAUCUGUGUUGGCGCGUGGACUGUCAAAUUGUAGGAUAAGGCCUGGAGCGUGACCAAUGGGAUCAGCUCGGAGUACUGCCUCAAGCCCUCCAGCUUCUCAGAUUCCUUCAAGUCGCUCAAUGGCCUUCUCGGUUCUAGCACAGCCCUUCCGACCGAAUAGAUUCGAUCUUCUGAGGUUGCCAGGAGGAUCUGAUGCGCACUGAUACCACUUCGAGUCUGGGUUACGCCCAAGGCUGUGACUGGUUUUGGGAUGGAAUAUGUCUUAGCCAACACAAUAGGCUUGGUCUCCCGAGCAUCCCAGCUCGAGAACUCCGUCGUCUGUUCUGGGGAAGUGAAGGCAGUCAACCCCUUGCGAUGAAUCAUUCCUUCGUACAACGAGAGGACCCCGACUUCUGCCUUGCGAGUCUUUGCAUUCACAAACGAAUACACGAUCCAGUUCUCGCUGAAGACAGCUUGGAUGUGCUUUGAGCUUGUGGCUGCAUUGGCAUGGCUGGCACGGUACAGAACCCGGCCUGAAACAGUGUCAACGAGACUCACAAAGAGAUUGGGUUCAUCUUCUUUAGUGACUUCAGCGUCUGCCGUGGUAGCUUCAGUCUUCGCCCCUGGUUUGGGAGUCACGCCCAAAGGUUUCUUCUUUUGCUUCUUUUCAGUCUGUUGCUUUGACCUUCUCAGUGCUUCACCAAACGAAUCUACCUCUUCGCUAUGCGUUCCAUCGCGCACUGUCACAAUUGCAGCCAGAUGUGGAUUCAAGUACUUGAGAAGCAACGAAUCAUCUCCCAAAACGGUACAAGGGGACUGAAUCACUUCUGCUCGAAGCGGGUAGACAGUUUGAAUAAGUCUUUCGCCGGGGAAAGAUGUUUGUCCUACCAGAACAGCCGGUUUUUCGGCUGAAGUGAUCUGGAAAGACUCCAAUCGAGCAGUAGCAUCGUUAGAACCGGAUAAGACAUGAGCGAAGAAUCCAUUUGGACUAGCGCUCAAAGCAUGGUUGAAGGACGUCGAAUCGGCUGGAACCAAAGAAACUGUAUGAUCUUCGUGCAUCAGGGCAGCUUGUUGGCGACAUGCACCUCCGCCCACUAUGGGCAUAACCUGCACAACCGGAGCAGAGAUUCCAAUGGAUCCUUCACUGUGCACUUCCCCGCUGGUUCCAUCGAUGCAUUUCCAUCCGAUUUGGCUGUCUGUUGUCGCGGAAACCACUAGAACUUCCCUCGCGUGAGUUCCUCCGUGCAUUCCAUGCGUCGACUUUGCUGCAUUGUGUGUUCCAUGCACAAGUUUGUGCCACAUGGCUCCCGACGGCAGAUCAACUGUCCAGGCAGCGGUUCCUCGACUUGGGCCAGCCAAUUCCAUUCCAUACAAGCGAUCCGUCCGCUCCGACACCAGAACGGCAAUCUGUAGGAAUCCAAACAACUUGUCUUUGGAAGAAGAGGACAAUAGGUUGGCACCUGCUCCUACCAAGGAUUCCCAUUGCGACGACAACCGAGCCGAGAAUUCGAGUCGCCGAGCGAUUUCGGCAGGUUCUUGUUCAGAAUCGCCUUCAACCACCAGAUCAUCCACAACGACGGCAUGGCUGGCAUCCAAAACAAGUCCUGACGAGAUAUGGCCCAAGCCCUCUUCUGCCGUCCAUGUCCACGAGACGGACGCCUGGGAAGUGUCAACCAGCAAGGCUCCAGUUGUCCCCGACGGCGUGCUGAGAAGGAAUUCCGUGCUACCCUCAUUGCAAGCCAAGGCAGUCAACGUUGGAGACUUCAUUGCAUUCUCGGUAGCCUGGCUGGCUGAUAGCGCACUCAUAGUGACGCUUUUCCAGCUCGCUCCGUCUUGCUUCCAAACUUGAACAGACGGUUCACCCGACCCGAUGGCAACAGCGACAGCCGUAGAUCCCUGACACGACCCGUAACCGAUGCUGGAAACAAUUGCUACAUCUGGGAGAGGAUUCCAGGAAGGAAUUUGAAACAAGCCUUCUUGUGGCUUUCCAUUUCCGUCGAUCCCUCGAAUUCUCGCCACCGUGUCACUCAAUACCGAGAGUGAACUGGGACGGGCCAAAGCAGCGAAUUUGACAGCAUCAAAAUUGCCCUGUCCGUUGGCUACCCCAAAUGACAAAGCAUGGGUCCCGUCGGCGCUCAAGGCAACUGCACUCCCAGACGUUGGCAUGAUGUGAAGCGAGGACGCAUCAAUUUGCUUGGUGAUGUAAUCAAGUCGUUGACUGUGGGCAACAGUGAUGGUUCCAUCGUCUUGGUGCCAUUCCAAAUCCACGAGCAGAAGGUCUGAUCCCGUGGUAGUGACAUCGAUUCCAUCUCGUGAGGAGAUCCAUCCCAGCAAAACACGCCAUUUAUCCUUUUCGUCAGUGACCAUUUGCAACCAUUGGGCUGUUUGUUGUCCAGACUUUCCGUGUGAAGCUCCAUUGUCGUUUAAAAUUUGUGCUGCACUCAAGGGUUUUCCGAGUGGUUCUCCCGUGACAGCGUCCAAUAACAACAUUCGAUCCUUGGCUACAGCACCAAUCCCAUUGCGUGUCUCUUCUUCAGCACCCAACGAUGAUGGCGGCAGCAUCAAGAGACGAGGCUGAUCCGUCGGUUCCGUCUCCAGAAAGGCAUCCCAAAUCAAUCUGCCAAUAUCCGCUUCCCAGGCCCGAAUGACCCCCAAGGAAUCCAUGGUCCACACGGUAUCCUUGGCAGCCGCCACGGUAUGACGAUUGCUUUUGCUUUCGGAAGAACAAACAUUGCGACGCCACAGUAAAUUUCCACUGCCGAUGUUGCGACUGGCCACAUAGCAGGAGGUAGCCAGAGUGGAUGCGCUCAAUUCGUGUCCAGCCACAGGACUGUCCGAAGUAAUGACACUCUCUCCGGAAGUUGUUGUAAACACAAACUUGGUAGGGCCAUGGCCUGUUGUAGCUACCAAAAAAUCAGAUACGCCCACUUCAUCUGCAAACAAGGCAUUACUCGCGACGACAAGGGACAGUAGACCCAAGAUACAAGUGGAUAUGGAUCGAUGGAGGCAGAAAUACAUCGUUGGGGAUGCAAAAAUUAAAUGGGUAUCCUUCUAACCCACAACAGCAAAUUGUCGUGUCUCUGAUCACUCUUCUACAGAUAGAACUCUAGCUAGCUAGCUGCUGAGGCUGAUACUAGUAGUGAUUAUCUUGACAGUAGUCUAGUAAAUAGGUAUGAUAAGUGUUAGUGCUUUGGAUUUGGACGGCGGCAUCCAUCGAUCAUUGUCGGCGCUCUCUUUUCUUGACCGUCGUCGAUUGUCUCGGUCCGUGCUUCGACAGUACCGGUAUGAUACGGCAUUGGAAGCAACGUGCGUCCAAUGCAAUGAAAGUCACUGGUUUCCACUCCACGCUUUCUAUUCUUGUGUGACCAGCGAAAUCAACAUCAUUUCGCAAGAUCCACGGCUUGGGACAAGUAAAACUACGAUCACGGAGGGCCGAACUAACCCCGUGGAUACUGGUACUGGUACCGAUGAAUUCUACCGGUACAAGUAUGGUAGCUGCGGUUGAGAGGAUGCGAUGAUGAUUCCUUUGGCUCACAAAUCAAUCAGGAUCACAAUCUGAACCAAGCCAAAGAACUCUCACCAGGAUCUCAACAGCCAUACAUUACUUUUCCCUUUUUCAAGAUGGCUACCUUCAAGAACAACCGCUUCAUGACCCUCUGCGCUCUCGUUUUCUUGGCCACUUCUACCAUGGCAUCGCAGCAAUCUUCCUCCCUUCGUAGUACUGGUACCCGAGGCCUGCAAGAAGGGGUUCUUCUUGAUGGCCUCAAUGCUGAUCCGUGUGCAAUCGUCACCAGUAAAUCCAUGAAUAGCUUGAACGGAACGAAUCCUUGCCUAGAAGCAGUCGGUGGAGAUGCUGGCGCCAAUGCACAAAGCAUCGACUCGUUGGAUACUGUUGCCGAAUCUAUGGAGGACGAAGCUGGCAUGGGCGGUGAAAGCAUGAGCAAGGACGAAGCGGGUGAGAGUAUCAGUAACAGUCACAGCUCUGACAGCGCGGACAACAGCAACAGCAACAGCAACAGCAACAGCAACAGCAACAGCGCUGAUGAGUACGGAACCAUCAUGACUUCUGCUAGUGAAUUGGAGGCAUCGUCGGCAACCAGCAGUAUGCUGCAAUUGUGGGGUUCCGUGGCGGUGCUCGUUGUGGGCGUCUUGGCCCUUGGAGCCAACUAG